UCGAAUCGUGGAGAAAGCAUGGCGAUUCAGCUGUGGAAUAGGGUCUAUAUUCCGCAGCCUGGUGCGCUUUCUACAGUCCGGAUUCAGUUUAACGACCGCAUAGAUGGUCGCGCGACGCGGCUGCUCGGGGAGUGCGAGCGCGCGCUGCAGCUGCUGCGCAGCCACGUGCUGCACGCGGAGCUGCGCGUGCUGUACUCGCUGCUCCACGUGUGCAACAACAGCCUGCGGCAGCACAAGCCUUUCAGGGCCAUCAAGCAGGUGGAGCGAUGCAUAAACCGUGUGAAAGAGAUGAAGCUGAUCCCUGCCCUCCUCGACCUGGUGGACAUGUGUCCCAGCCAAGCACAAAGGCAGGUGGCGGCCGAAACGGGACAGUGUGAAGUUCCCAGCCAGUCCAUGCUUGAGUGGUUUUGCCUGAAGGUCCUUGGGGCAGGCAAGCUGAUGGCCUGCUUGGUGGACCAGUGCUCACGUGCCUUCUUAUUGACACACGGGCACCUUUCCUGCAAAGAGUUCAUUGUCCUCAACCUGGUUCUGGUCAGUAUGUUGAGUCGUCUAUGGGUGUUCUUUGGGGGCAUAUUGAAGAUCCUGGCCACCUUGUAUCUGGGGGCAUGGGAGCUCCUACAGGAAGUGGCCCAAGCCAGGCCCAUGCCCUUUCUGACAGACUUCAUCCUUCCGGUGGACCUGCCCACAUUCAUUGGACCUUCACGCUGGGCUCAGCUGCUGGUAGAGCUGCCUGCAGCCUCCACCAUGGUGAAGAAUGUGGCCGGGAAAGGGAGCAAGAGGUCGGUGCUGAAGAGACCCAUAGAAAGGACCUUCACUGAAGACCUGGGUAGCAGCAUCUUACAGAGACCUUCCACAGCUAUGGGUCAUAUCGCUGUAAUUGAUUUAAAAGCCAUGCUUAAGCGAUCCAUUGGGAAGAACAGUAAGGUUAUUGCACAUAAAGUGGACAUGCCAGAAAAGGACCCAGUGCUGAUUGGUCAGAAGAGGAGGCUUUUGAAGGCGACGGCAGCUGUGUCGUCUUUUAGUGACAUGGCUGCUCAUCUGGCUAAGGUCAUCUGCUGGUGCCAAAGCAGGAAGCUACGCAGGGAAAGGUGCCUCCUUGCUUUCCAGAACCUCAAAUGCCAAAGAAUGAAACGCCUGGAAGAGGAAGGGUUCAGGCUGGACAGGAAACUGAAGACCUUCAGAAGGCAGUUUGGUGAAGCUCUCCUUCUCCAAAGAUCAAGAGCCCAACCUCUGCGUUCGCUCCAUGACAGGUGGAGAAGUUGGCGUUUUAGGACACGGUUCAAAUGUGUCAAGGGAGUUAUGCGAUUGCAGAAACGAGCCAGAUGGGAUUAUGUGAAGAAGGUGAUGAGGGAGACUACAAUGCCUGCUAAAAUGAGCGUGCGACACAAAAACAAGAACAACGUUAUUAAUGGGAAAGACAAAGACAUGAAGGCCAACGCUUCUCUGUGGUCGGACAGCGGGAAGGAGAUUGAUGAUAUCUUUGCUGCUUUAGAAUUUUGAGCUCUGAGGGUUGGCUGAUGUUCUAAAGAGAACAUCCUUAGCAUGGUAUAAAAGGAGAGGGUUGAUAAUAACACAAACUGAUUUAUGGACGGGGUGCGGUGGCGCAGUGGGUUGGACCACAGUCCUGCUCUGCGGUGGGUCUGGGGUUCGAGUCC